GCCGGGGGUAGGCAAGCGGGUACUACCUACCUCCACGAGGAGGCGCUCUUGUCCGAAAAGUCGAAAGAUGGCCAUGCAGCCCAAAACGCAUCAAAUCUACUUACCCCGGAACAAGAUGGUGAACAAAGGUUGCGCGACUCUGUCAGAGAGGCAACAAGAAGAAGUGGGGGCACAACGGGAAAGAAUGACGCUGAGAUCCGCCAGGCCGCAUCUGCGGUGCCCGAGGAGCCAGAGUUUUUUGGUGCCGCAUGGGGGCCUCGCGAAUCUGAGGAGGAAGAAGAUUGGUUUGCCGAUCGUAGUACAAGGGAAGAAGAGAACGGAGGUAGAGUAUCUUGAGGAAAAUCGCCCUGCUCACCCCAUAAAUUAGUUGUCAUGCAAAUUUUCAUGACCAAGCCAAAACUGUUUCUCGGGCGCGCCCUCCGGGGCGGUCAUUCUGCGCCUCUGGCGCUGGUGUGAGUGCCCACUUCAUGAUGACGAUGCUGUUUCGCAGCUCCAAGAGGAGCGCUCCUCUCGGAUGCUAUCUUCUGAGGACAUUGUCAAUAAGUAUUUUCGAAUCAGCAUAUAGAAAUUCGGUUUGUGAAGAUGCGACUGCACCAGCUGGGCACGACUACAACCGAGACCAGAAGUUACUUAUUAUGUGCAACAGCGAGCAAUCUUGUAGGCUUGUGCAACAUCUUUAAGCCUGCCAUCGUGGCCUUUGAGUGUGGGCGUUUUUGCUGAGGAUUUAGGGGACCCGUC